AUGGGUAACUUUACAUUAUCCAGCUACGCAGGCGUGGGACAAGCAAACCUGAAGAAUUUAUCCGUCAGCCAGACUGCCCGCAUCGGCAACCGGCUCGAAAUCUCUGGACAAGGCACGCUGCAGAUGGUCAUUGCGCGAUGGUGCCAAGCAGCUAAUCGUAGCUUCACUGUAACAGGAGGCUGGGAUUCAAGAACGGGCGUUGUCAUUGAAGAACUGGGAGCUCAAAUCGACAAGGCUUUCGAAAACGUCGAUCUGGCUCUGAAGGAUGCGGGAGGUGCUGGAUGGAGUCAGGUUUAUCGUGACAGUGUCGAGUUAGUGGCCACAGAUACGAUCCAGACAAUCACAGAGACGGGCGUCAAAACGCAGUCGGGCCGAGAAAUCCAUGCGGAUGCGAUCAUUCUUGCCAAUGGCCUCAAAACAGAGCAGAUCCUGCAUCGUCUCGAGGUCUGUGGUCAGGGGGAAAUCAGUCUGAACGAAUACUGGAAACGACAUUGUGCCUCUUAUGGAAGCUACGUAUCGAGUUUCCCGAACUUCUUCAUCAUGAUGGGGCCGAACAGCGCAACGGGACACAUCUCCGUCGUCUUCUCCACGGAAUGUCAGAUCAACUUUACCCUUCAUCUUCUUCGUCCCGUGCUCAAGGAAGGGGCCGUGGCCACAGCCAUCUCUGUCGUCCCCAACGCGGAAAAGAGAGAUAACGCGUAG